AUGGAUUUCUGCAGGGCAAGGGGAUGGUGGCCUGUGAUGGUGGUGGAAGGCGAAGGAGGAAAAAGCGAUUGGCAAGUGGCCGGAAUGGAUGGUGAUCAAAACGUAACCCAAUUGCAAGCCGAGACGGAGACAACAAGCAUAUGGCAAGUGGCCGGAAUCGAUGGUGUUUGGGCGCAAUUCACCAUCCCACCGCAAAUAAUGCUGAAGUUGAAAGAACAAGAAUUUCUUGGUGAAGCCAGUUGUGUAGUAUCUCAGAUAUUGACUAAACAAAGUCGGAGUUUGACCCUUCGCCUUCACAAUAAAAAUGGGCACAGUGGUCUGAAAAACUUGGGGACACUAACUGUCCAUGCAGAGGAAACUGCUGGUUCAAGAAAUGCUGUAGAGAUGACAUUCCAUUGUUCCAACUUGGAUAACAAGGACCUAUUUUCCAAAAGUGAUCCUUUCUUGAGAGUAUCUAGGGUUGUUGAGACUGGUAUUUCUGUUCCAAUUUGCAAGACAGAAGUCGUGAAUAACAACUUGAAUCCAAUGUGGAAGCCUCUGUGUCUCACAAUGCAGCAGUUUGGGAGCAAGGAUAAUCCAUUAGUUAUUGAGUGCUUUGAUUUCAAUAGCAGUGGCAAUCAUGUACUGAUCGGUAAAAUGCAGAAAUCAGUGACGGACCUUGAAAAACUUCACAAAGAAAAGAUUGGUGCAAAUUUUAUCAUACCAUCUGCUCGCCAGGGUCAUGAAAAGGUUCUGAAGGGUCAACUUUUUGUUGAUGGCUUUGUUGAAAAGAAACUGCACAGUUUUAUCGAUUACAUUUCUAGUGGCUUUGAACUUAACUUUAUGGUUGCUGUUGAUUUUACCGCUUCAAAUGGAAAUCCUCGCAGUGUAAGUUCUUUGCACUACAUUGAUCCUUCAGGCCGGUUGAAUGCUUACCAGCAGGCUAUAACGGAGGUUGGCGAGGUCAUACAAUUCUAUGAUUCUGACAGGCGCUUUCCUGCUUGGGGCUUUGGAGGAAGGACGUUUGAUGGUUCAGUAUCUCACUGUUUUAACUUGAGUGGUACAGGUGGCUUUGAGGUUGAAGGAGUAGAAGGUAUAAUGGCUGCUUAUUCAGGUGCUCUGAACAAUGUUGCUCUUGCUGGACCCACCUUAUUUGGUCCGGUUAUCAACAAGGCUGCAGAAAUUGCUGGGCAUUCCCUCUCAUACGACAAGAGCAAGUACUUUGUCUUGCUGAUUAUAACGGAUGGAGUCCUUACUGAUCUUCAGGAAACUAAAGAUGCUUUAGUGAGAGCAUCCGACCUACCGCUUUCAAUUCUUAUUGUUGGAGUUGGUGGUGCAGAUUUUGAAAAAAUGGAGAUCCUAGAUGCCGAUGGUGGGCAAAGAUUAGAGAGUUCCACGGGAAGGAUAGCUACACGAGACAUUGUACAAUUUGUUCCGAUGCGUGAUGUGCAUGGCGGGCAGAUCUCGGUUGUUCAAGCUCUCUUGGAAGAGCUACCUGGUCAGUUCUUGACUUACAUGCGGAGUAGAGAUAUCAAACCACACACGGCCAAUGUAGCCCGAACUUCUUCUCAAGCGUAUCCACACACGGGCAAUGUAGCACAAACUUUUUCUCAAGCAUAUCCACACACGGCCAAUGUACCCCAAGCUUCUUCUCCAGCGUAUCCACACACGGGCAAUGUAGCCCAAACUUCUUCUCAAGCGUAUCCACACACGGGCAAUGUAGCCCAAACUUCUUCGCGUAUCCACACAGGGCCAAUGUAGCCCAAGCUUCUAAUCCAGCGU